AUGUUGCCCCUUCUCGCGGUUGACUCGAAACGAAUGGUUGUUCAGCCUGAUAGGUGGAUCAGAGAUGAGGGAGAGGCAGACCUCGUGUUCGAGUGCCUCCACCGUUCCGAGGACCCUGUCGCGGCCUGCCGAGCCAUCGACGCGAUCUGCUCUGGUGUAAGCGACCCCCGCUUCGCGCUCCGCCUCCCCUCCCGCCGGCCCCGUUCAACGGCCACUGCCGGCGGCGGCGGCGGCGGCGGCGUGCCAUCCACAACAACUGUAGCACCACCGCUCGAUGAUGACACCCCACUGGUACCCGUCACGAUGCUGUUCAGUAGGGUGUUCUCUCUGUUGGAUGGCUUGGACUGCUGGCGGCUUAUGUCCCCCCAGCUCCGGCGGCUGAUCUCGUUGAAUCCGAGCGCCUUCGCCGGCGCCGUGAUCGCUAGGGCAGCCAUCCAUUCCUCACGGUCGGGCGGCGGCGGCGGCGACGGCGGGAUAGAUGUUGGGGGAUCGUCGCCGGGAUGGGAAGGGCGGCAUGCCGGGGACGGCAGCCCGUUGUCGGCGUCAUCGUCAUCGUCGGCGGCGUCGUCACCGUGCUCAUCGCCUGCUUCGUGCGGACAGCCGGCGAGCAAGAGACGCUGCUUUGCCCUCGCGGGGGACAAAAUGAGCUUGAACCCGCCCGCCGAGGGCAAGAAAAGUAGAGUCGACAGCAGCAGCGGCUCGGCCGCCGCAGCCGCCGGCGGUGUGUCGGCCGACUCGUGGCGAGCGGUCGCCGGGGACGUGCUCGCGAGCGCCAUGCCAGAGGUGGCUCGCGGGCGCAUGCAGGGCGUGCGGGGCUGUUGCGCCGUGGCGGACCGGGCUUGCUCCUCAGGAGCCGUCCUCGGGUGUGAUGCGGCGUACUCCCCGCUGCCGCUAAUGGUGAGAGCCUUGCAGGACGUCGCGGGAGACAUCGCUGCCGCGCGCAUGGUCCGGGACACGUUCUCGUGGGUAGUUCGCGGCGAGCGGGACCUCGAGGAGGCGCCGGGCGCGACGCUGGCAGAGCGGGAGCGCAGGCUGGACCAGCUCGGUAGCCUCGUGUGGAGCCUGGGCGACCUUCGGCGGUCCCUUUCGCUGCACGGUGAAGGUGCGGGGAAGUCGGAGGCUGCGACGGGCGCUGCUGGUGCCGUUGUCAGUGGUGACGGCAGCAGUGGUAGUGGUGGCGCUUCAUUGAUGCGCGUUGUGGUUGAGCAGAUGGAGGUGCACCUCGUUGGGGUGUUGGACACGGCUGCGUCCAUGCCCCUGCCGGAGUGCCCGUUCCCGUCGUACAAGAUGGACUCCGGGUACGCGUGCGAACACGCCGGGUGUCCGGCGCCUGGGUUCGAGAGGGAUGAGGACUGGGGCUGUUGCGUGACGUGCAUGGAGGUGGUGAAGCCUUUCCUAGACAGCCCCUACGAGUGUUGGACGUCGUGGGUGCCGUGGGCCGGAACCGACGGGGAUAAGUUCUCCCCUGGGUUUUAUCAACGCCUCGGUCUACAAUGUUCCAUCGAAGGGGGCGCCGUGAAGGCGGUAGUGCUCACGAAGCCCCACGGAACCAUGGAAAUUCACGACGCCAUGCAGCCCAUCCGGGACGCCCUCUACCUCCGCGAUCGUGCCUUGAAUCUCCUCACUAGCGCGAACAGCCUUGCCUGGCUCCAUUUCGACGGGGAAGAACGCCUCGGCCACUGCGGUGACCCAAGCGGCGCCGGCGGUGGUGAUGGUGACGGCGGUGACGGUGGUGGUAUUGAUGUUGAUGUUGACCUUGGUGUUGAUUUUGGUUUUAGUUUUGACGUUGGCAGUGGUUCUUGUCAUGAUGGCAACGGUAAGGCCGCCUCGACGGACGUAUAUGUGGCAAACAACGGCUUUCGACCCUGUGUCGGCGGUGCGGCCGGCGGGCCUGUCGGUGGUAGCGGCGGUAAUGGGCUAAUCGCCAUGGACUUCGAUGCGGUGGCAGCGGCAGCGGCGGAGGCGAGCAGUGAGAACUGGCACACCCUGGAGGACAGUAACGACCGGCGGGAGUUCAUGGGAGGAGGCGGGGACAGGGUGAACGGGGUGGCGGCGACAGCGAACGCAGCGAGGUCGACGCCGGGACCUACCAGCCGUUGUUGCUGGGAACAGGAGUGCCCCGCGUCGUCGAGAAGCGAGUCCGGGUCGUCGGUCUCAGACGGCGCUCUGUUGCAGGCCGCCGCCAGAGCUGUCAACAACGCUCAGGCCCAGGCUGCUGCUGCUGCUUCUGCUGCCACCACUAGAAACGACGAUUGCGACCUCGAUAGCGUUUCGUUCUGCGAGUUGAAUGUCUGUGCCGCCAUGGACAUGGCCGGCUCGGGUGCGGCAGCGGCAGAGGCGGCGGCGUCCUCCGUGCCCCCCUCCCGUGAGGUUUUGGACCUGCCAGAUGUGGGAGCUCGUGGGUGCGUUAGUCACGGCGGAGCCCACGGGACGAGUUGUACCGGCGCUGGACGCGCCGGGGCCCGCCGACGGCUCGACAGAGAGGGCGUACUCGUCGAGAAGCGAGUCUGGGAAGAGCGGGGAGAGGCCGGCGAGGGAACAAGCGGAGAGAAAAACGAAGAGCAGCCUCCUUCCCUCCUUACGGCGGGAGCGGGCAAAUCGCGGGCAAAACAGGCAGACGGGGGCCAGGGAGUACGGGUGGCCGAGAAUGGGAGUGCCGGGCUGGAGGAACAAGGGGCGGCGGUCAGGAGCGGUGGCUCGAGGCAUCGGUUUGCAGGUGGAGUACACACGGCACACGGCGGUGAGCCUGCCUCUGCUCCGGUUAGCUGUUGCGCCGCCGGUGCUCGGGCGGCCGAACAACGUCUUCUCAACGCAGAGCUCUUCCAGGGACAGACCCCGAACAACCUUUCCAGCACCGUGUUCCCGGAGAAGAAGGCCGUGUCAUCGGAGACGGGGGCGGCGACGAAAACACCGGCCGAAGAGGCUGUCGAGGCGGUGGCGGCUGCGGUGGCGGCGAACGGUGGCGACACGAGCGAGGGGAUUGAAGAAUCCGGGUCGGGCUGCAUACAGUCUUGACGAGGCCCUUACCGUUCAGAAACAAGCGCUAAUUUCAUUUCUGGUAAAUGUGAUAAUGGUGAAGGCUCGAGGACCUCGCCAAGGCCGUUCGCGACGAUCUCACGUUUUCGGUGAAACUCUGUCAUCUAAAUGUGCUCUAGAGUGGUUCCUUCUCAGUGAACGCCGUUGAGAUUGAUUGAUCGUGUGACAGGGGCAGCAUGAGCGUGUACAAGAUUAUCGUUCCACCUUCUCUUGUUGUGCCCUUAGCACUUUCUUGUUGUAUUUCUGUGGAGUACGCGUGUAGCACUAUUGUGAUAGAUUUGUGGUUUUCUGUUCGAGGUCUAGCAGGAAGGGUAUGCUAACGGUAUUUUGCCUGUCUUGAACACGGGUGCGGCUCGUGCGCCAGUCACGAGUUUUUUUUCCCUUGGAUGCCUUCCUUCUGUUACACUCUCGAUUGCUCUUAUUGUCGUUGCUUCGUUGUGGUCAUUUUAUUUGUUAGCUUUGCUUUGGUAAUGGGGUCCCUUGGUCGAGUUUUUAUUCUCCUACAUGUGUUUAGUGGUGAAAGGAUUGUUUGGCUUGUUUUUUAGUAAUUCUAAGGUUCGGUCGGCACGCUCAUGUAUAUCCCAGGGCCGCUCGCCUCGAGCUUGUUAAUUGUGGGCUAUUGCCUUGUCGAUUUGCAGACCUCUCUGCGCUGGUCUGCACGCUCGUGUUGGCGCCGACUGACUGCCUGAACCAUGUUUCGCUGUAAAUGAGAAUUUGUGUAUGUCUCUGUGUGCCGUAAAAAUGGCGAGUGAUGUUGGGAAAGAAUGUUUUAGUCGCACGUACGACAUCGGCGAUGCAAGGUGUAGGAUACAACUUUUUCGUCCUUCUUGUGCGAACGUAGGUACACCAUAUUAUCGUGCGUCGCGCCAGACCGUUUGUUUUCAUCUUUCUUUUAUGCAUACAACAUUGUGUUUUUUGUCAUGUCUCCAGUUGCGAUUGUCAGGUUUCCGUGCUUUUUUAUCCGUAGAAGCUUCCGACUGUGUCUUGAGACCCGAGCAUGAGAGGAAAGAUAGGUAAAUUCACCAAGAGAGGACCCUCAUCUGUUAUCAUCAUCAUCAGCAGCAGCGGUACAUGAAUUCUGGAGAGAAAUUACCAGAGGCUGGUGUAGACAGGUUGGGAGCGAGAAAAAUACUGCGUGCGAUGAAUUCUGCACACGCCUGCUACCUGAGACAUCCAGCCCACGUCAUGGCCUGACGUGUCCUGUAUCGUUUUUCAAUCCUCCCCUGGGGCAUAGGAAGUGGGUCGAAAAGGCGGGAAGGGAUAUCGUUAGGAUAGACAGACUAGGG